AUGGACGAAGCUCAAUCAUCUCCUAUGUCUGACCGUUAUGUUCUUAAGAUGAAUCUGAACUGUUGUCAACAUUGUCCGAAGAAAGUGUGCAAGUUGUUGUCCGGAGUCCAUGGGGUUUAUUCUGUUUCGGUAGAUGCAGAGAAUGGGCUUGCAACAGUGGAAGGCAAAGUAGAUCCACGCAAGCUGGUAAAGGAAGUUAAAUCAAUCCACAAAAUAGCAGAGAUCAUAUCUUCUACCCAGCAAAGUAACGCCCAAGCUGCCCAAUGUACCACUGGGGAAAGUCAGGUCAACUCUCCUAACUGCAAUCCUGCUCCUGCCCAUCACCCAGUCGCACCACAUACAUAUUACAGUAACGACUACCCGCCACCUACCUACGCUCAACCGACGGUGAUGCCACCGCAUUCCCCGAACUAUUAUGAGCCAAUGCUGCCAUUUUCACCGCCGCCACCACCUGCGUAUCCUGUCCAUGCCUCCAACUACAUCAGCGAUGAGAAUGCUGCCGGGUGCACUAUAGCGUGA